GAAGGACGGGCUGGCUCGGACCCCGGCAGGGCCGUUUCUUUCCUCGGCCAGCUUUUCCAAGGGAGGAGGAGAGACCCUGACCGCACUCAGACGCCCCUCAGCCCGCCACGAGAUACAGAAGGUGGAGCCAGGCGCCGAGGCUGCUUCCCCCCGUAGGAGGAGAGGCGGGCGGCAAAUGGAGGUAGAAAAAAAGAGACCGGGGAGGUGGCAGCGCCUCCCCGCUCUUGAGCCAAGGCACCCUACUUGGCGGUAGCCCCGGUCGCGUCUGCCACCUUGGCACACGAAGGGUCCCAAGGAGGGGCGACACCCGCCCUCCCACUCAGCCAGCCCAUUCCCUUGCAGAGAACCGCUCCCGCCGCCCCUCGGCUCGCGUUCCCGCCCCGACGCGCUUGCGCAUUCACACGGCACGGGCACUCGUUCCUCUUUUCUAGCGGCUCCAGGUGAAAUCCGCCUGCCUUUCCCCCGCGUCUCUUCAGCCCCCGCACCCGCCUCGCGGUGCGUCAGGUGCAUUGUUUUUGUUUUCCUCCCGGCUGCUCUUUAUCUAAGAAACCACCCCCCGGUUACCAAGGGAGGGUUUUCGGGGCAAGAAAGGACAGGCAUUUGUGCCGCCGCCGUUGCAAUGGGCACUGAGUAGCCAGCCGAGAGGAAGCGCAGGAGACGCUGCCAGCAGCCCCUCCGGUGCCGCGGGGCGGAGAAGCCGCCCGUCCUUCGCUCUGCCUUCUAACCCUGCCACCGCCUCAAAACUUUCAGCCUGCCUGGCGGAGCCUCAACUCGACAUAAAUGGUGGAGGCGAUAGUGGAGUUUGACUACAAGGCUCAGCACGAUGAUGAGCUGACAAUCAGUGUAGGUGACAUAAUCACCAACAUCAGGAAAGAAGAUGGAGGAUGGUGGGAAGGACAGCUCAAAGGCAGAAGAGGUUUGUUCCCUGACAACUUUGUAAGAGAAAUAAAGAAAGAUGUGAAAAAAGAAAGUCUUGCCAGUAAAGCACCAGAAAAAUCUAUACUUGAAGUUUCCAAUGGAAGUCCUUUAUUGUUGUCUGAGACAAUUAUUAGAACUUCUAAAAAAGGUGAGCGAAAUAGGCGAAGAAGGUGUCAGGUAGCUUUCAGCUACAUGCCUCAGAAUGAAGAUGAACUGGAAUUAAAAGUUGGAGACAUCAUUGAAGUGGUGGGAGAAGUAGAAGAAGGCUGGUGGGAAGGAGUUCUCAAUGGAAAGACUGGCAUGUUUCCUUCCAACUUCAUAAAGGAACUAUCUGAUCCUGAUGAAGCUAGAACUGUCCAAGAGGAGCAACUAAUAAAACCAAGAAAGUCUGCCUUUGAAGGGACAAUUCUGUAUAAGGUGGCACCAACAAAGAUUGACAGCUACAGACGCUAUAACAGUUUAAGAGAUGCUACCGGUUCUGAGAGUGAUGGUGGUGACUCAAGCAGCACAAAGUCUGAAGGCGCCAAUGGAACAACAGCAAUCCAACCCAAAAAAGUUAAGGGGAUUGGCUUUGGUGACAUUUUCAAGGACAAACCUAUAAAGCUACGUCCAAGGUCAAUAGAAGUAGAUAAUGAUUUUCUGCCAGUUGAAAAGGGAGUUGGAAAAAGAAUACCCACAGCUACAGCAGUUCAGGAACCAGCAAAAAUAGACCCAGACAGCAAAGUAAAAGUAAAGGAAUAUUGCAAAGUUAUAUUCCCAUAUGAAGCGCAGAAUGAUGAUGAGCUGACAAUCAAAGAAGGUGAUAUUGUCACUCUUAUCAAUAAGGAAUGCAUUGACGCUGGCUGGUGGGAAGGAGAGCUCAAUGGUAGAAGAGGAGUAUUUCCUGAUAACUUUGUUAAACUGCUUCUUUCUGAUUUUGAAAAAGAGAGACCUAAGAAACCUCCUCCUCCAUCAGCUCCUGCCUUCAAACAAGGAUCAGCUACCACAGACAGAAAGCAUGAAGUCAAAAAGAUACCUCCUGAAAGACCAGAAUGUCUUCCUCAUCGAACAGAAGAGAAAGAAAGACCAGAGAGAGAGCAAAAACUGUUAGAUCUACAGAAACCUUCUGUUCCUGCUAUACCACCGAAGAAACCUCGACCACCCAAAACAAACUCUUUGAAUAGACCUGGUACAUUGCCUCCCAGAAGACCAGAAAGACCAAUUGUGCCUAUGACCCAUACAAGGAAUGAUAUCCCAAAAGGCGAUCUAGUGAGCUGUACAUUUUCCAGCACCUUAGAAAAGGAUUCCACGGAGAGAAGCAAUGACAUUGAUCUUGAAGGAUUUGAUUCUGUAGUACCCGUUGCUGAGAAGCUUAGCCAUCCAACAACUACCAGACCAAAAGCUACUGGCAGAAGACCUCCUUCACAGUCAUUCACAUCUUCUUCCCUUUCGAGUCCUGACUUUUUUGAUUCACCAAGUCCUGAAGAUGAGAAGGAAGAACAAGUUUCCCUUCCACCCAAAGUACCUGAACCACAGAAGAAAGCAAAGACUGUUACAAUAUCACUAGUAUCGGAUAACAAAGCUUCAUUGCCUGCCAAGCCAGGAGGCCUAACAAGUGGAAGUAAUCUCCCAUCUUCACUGUCAUCCUCAUCUGUACUUCAUCCAGUUCCAGCAGGAACAACAGGUCAUAGGUCAAAUUCCCCAUCUUUAUUCAGUACUGAAGGAAAACCAAAGACUGACCGCUCCAGCCAAGGUGAAGCAGCUUUGGAAGAGCUAAGAACGCAAGUUAAGGAGCUACGAACUAUCAUUGAAACCAUGAAAGACCAACAGAAAAAAGAGAUCAAGCAAUUGCUGUCUGAAUUAGAUGAAGAAAAAAAGAUCCGGCUACGAUUACAGAUGGAGGUUAACGAUAUAAAGAAAGCUCUUCAAUCAAAGUGAAUUUUGGAUCGAUGGAAUGUUGUCUUGUUCAUUGUGACAGAGACUUUAUGCCCCAAACAAAAUAACUUUGUGCCAAAUGGUUAAAGGUCUGCCUACAUCCUUUUGUUUGAACAACUAGCACAAGCAUUUUAAUAGCACAACACCAAUUCCAGCAGAGAGACAAAAUUUUCAAGUGACACACCUGCUCAGUGAUGACACUGGUUGUGACUGAUAUUAUUCUUACUGUGCUAAAAUCUUCUCUACUUCGAGUUCACAGUGAAAACUCAGGCAGUUUAGUUCAUAGUGGUACUAUUUUAACAAUAUUUUCCAUAAGUAAAAUGUACUCUUCAGGUUUUAUCAGUUUACAGCUUUUAUGAUUUGACUUUUUAAACUAUCUUUUGUCACACAGAUUCUUAAAAUGUUUGUACUGCAUAUAGCCAGAAAUGAAUGUUGAUAUUUGGGUGAGGGGUUCAUUGGUUGGUUCUCUCCCCCUUCUGUCUCUCCCUCCCUCCCUCCCUCUCUUGCUUCACAUAGAGCAGCUUAAUUUGUGUUAUUUUAAAUACUAUUACAUAUGCAAUCUUAUGUCCAAAAACUAUCUGCAAGUUUCUGUACAAAUAGUGUAUUUAAAAAGAAAAAAAGAAGAGAAAUCUGGUCUUUGUAAUGAUUUGUGCCUUCUUUUGCCAAACAUUGAUUGGAGCUGGUUGUAGGCCAGAUGUUAAGAAAUGUAGCUAUCACAAUGAGGCCUAGAAAUCCACUAGAGGUCACUCUUUCAGCAUAUUAGCUGCUUGCUGACUAGAGAUGUGAUUGUGUGUACAUGUGCGUGUGUGUAUGUAUGUGUGUGCGUGUGGUCUGGGUCUGGGUGGAAGAUGGUAUCAUCACCACAUCACGUUGGGGCUGCUUUAUUUCAACAGCUGUAGCUUUUAAAAAGUUACUAAACUGAGAAUUCCCUUCUGCUUGAUUUCAUUCAAACUUUUAAACACCUGCUUACAUCUCCAGUUUUGCACAUCAUGGGUGAACAAAUUAUAUAUUAUCUAAGAGAAAACAUGAAUAAAAUAUAAAUCAACAAGAGAGAGAGAGAGUUGUAUUAUUUCAUGGCACAGAUAAUUGUGCAGUGUUAAUCUCAUGUUCGGUACCAAUUGCCACAUUUACUGUAAUGUGAAUUUGCAAAUGUGGGGAAAUGAACUAUAUUGUAUAAUGACACCCUAGCGGCUCAUCUUUUUCCCCCUGAGAUCAUGUAAAUGCAAUGUUUAUUUAAUCUAUUCAUAGACUGUGAGAGUUUCAGAUUUUGAAAAUGAUGGAGUGAGUGAGUAUCUGAGUGUUUGCAUUUAUCUGUGCAAUCCUGAGAACAGGUUAUGGCAAAAACUGUAGUUGGGUUUCCUAUUUUCAUUGCAGAUUAUAUUAAUGGUGCAAUCCUAUGCAUAUCUACUGAGCAGUAAGUCCUGUUAAGGUCAGUGAAAUUUACUUCCAGCUAAGUGUGAAUAGGAUUUCAGGCUGAGCAUGCAAUCCUAAAUACAUUUAGUAGAGAGUAAGUACCACUGAAAAGCAUGCAACUAAAAGACUGCACUGUGUGUCUGCUUGAACACUUGAGUUAUAUGUGCUGCUGAAACAUCCUCUUUUGCUGUGUUUUGGCACUGCUCUGAGUUAUGAUGUUUACGUGAGUAUCAUACCAUGAAUCUGUUUUGUUAUAUUAGGUAUGAGAAAUCAGCAUUUUCUGAUAGGGGACACAUAGCAUCAUUAAAAAAUUCCUAUAAUGUUGAAAUAUUUAUGUACUUGAAUGGAACGACAAGAUUUCAAAGGCAGUAAUGCAUCAGAGCACUUAAGUUAAUCAUGUGUAUUUCUUAACAUGAGCAAAAGCUCUCAUUAUAAACAUUUGUCACUGUAAUGCUGCUAGGGUCUUAAAAUAGCAUUAAUUUUUCUGUGUUAAAAUAACAAAACCCAUCUUUACACAGUGCUUUAAGCAUGAAGGUACAUUGUUGACUCCCUGAUCUUCACAACAUCCAUGUGUUUGAUAGAUAGUAUUAUUCUUUUGUCAUUUUACAGAAGGAAGUCUAUUGCCCAGUCCUAGGAUGUACACAAAUGCUUAGGAUUUUGCGCUGCAAUAAACAAUGUUUAUGUAGCAAGAGAUUAUUAUCUGGCACGGCCGCAAUAUUGCAACAUGUAUGCCAACUCAUAUUAUUAGGAAUGGGCAGAUGGUCAGCGGAACCUUUGGAUGCACACUUGAAAUGCCAAAAUCCUGUGAGCUUCAGCAUAAGGAGAUGGCUACUCUUCAGCAGCAUGGCAUUUUGAAUGUUCUCCUGGGAAAUCGGCGAAUUCAACAUGUCUGUAUAUUAUAUGUUGGGAUCCCCAGGUUGCACCUGAAUAAAGAGGGAAUCUGUGUGGCAGUAAAUCAAUAUGCAAAUCUGCCAUGUUAAUUUAACUAUUCCAUGCCACUCACAAGAGUGCUGGUUCAUGUAAUUACUGUAUUACAGUAUGGGAGCUGUUUCCACAUGGAUGCAUCACACACUGCUCAGAUCACGGCUGAUAGGUGAAAUGAUCAUUUUUUCCAUGCCACUAUCACUUUUCCAUGUGGCUUUGUGGUUUGGCACAGGAAGUGAUAUCGUUUGCCAUACCUCAUGUAUACAGAACCUAAAAGAUGGGACCUAAUGGUCUAGAUAUAACUCCCAUGUCCCAACAGUAUUUGGACUUGAAUCUAUGAAAAAGAUUAGCUCUAAACCAGUGUUUCUUGCUGCCCCUCAGUAAUUCUCUUGUAGUGUUUUUUGUUUGUUUGAUUGUUUUUGGCUUUUUAGCUAUAACGAUGUAUAGCUACUAACUUAAAAAUUAAGAGAAUUCAACAGGUUGACAGGUAAUGCUUCUAAAAUGUAUAUGAGACCUAGAGUUACAGGAUAGCAUUACGGGUUUCUGAAUUCACUCACUUGAGGAACUGACUGUAAAUAUUUACAAUGUGGAUUUGAAAAAAAGGCCUUGAAAUAUGAGACAUUCUAAAUUGUUAUUUUGAAAGGAAAACAAAGUCUAUUUUGAGUUCAGCAUUUUGACUGACAUGUAAUCAGGGUCUCUAAUUUCUUUUUCUCCUUCUGUUAUGGUGGUAAAUUGUCAUUUUAUAAUACUGUAUUGAGGAGUCUAACGUAUUGUGAUUUGUAAAAUAAGAUUAAAUGAGAUUUUGUGGAAA